AUGUCAACUUCAACCCCUUCCACAAAAAUCAUUGCUAUAGAAGAAACCCCUCUCACAGUACCAGAAGAAGUAGUCGAAAGUAUUCCUAUUAGUAACAAUAAUACUGAAAGUACGUCUGGCCUUUCCUCGGCAACUUUUGAUAAUUCUAUCCCAAUUACUAAUACUUUCAAUAAUCUUACACUGCUCAAUACACCUGUUUUACCUAGUAAAAAUAAUGAACACAGUUAUGCUACAAAUAAUCUUCAAAGAUCAAACGAUCUUUUCACCCUCGCUUAUAUGAAUAUCAAAGAUGCAGUGAGUUUAAUUCCUAUUUUCAAUGGAGAAAAUAUGCCGGUAAAUAGUUUCAUUGAACUUUGCAAACAAACGGUAAAUUUGAUACAUCCAUCUGGUAAAUUGUAUUUGACUCAAUUAAUAAAGUCCCGCAUUCAAGGCAAAGCUAGUAGAUAUGUUUCGAGUGAAUCAGAAUUAACUUUUGAAGAAGUUCUGAACAACCUCAAAAUUGCUUUAGCGCCAAGGCGCACAUUGUCUCAGUGGCAAUCACUUCUUUCUAAUAUCCAUCAAAAUGAAGGCGAAUCUAUUGUAGAUUUUGCAACUAGAAUAAAAGAAAUCGUCCAAGGUACUUCUGAAGUAAUUAUUGACAAACAUUCGGGAGAAAUAAGAACCGGGUUAUUAGCGAGCACACGAGAAGGAGCGCGGGACAGUUUUGUACGCGGUUUAAGAGGACAGUUAGGGCUUUGGGUAGCGAGUCAAAAACCUUUAACUUUAUUACAAGCGAUCGAUUUAGCUUUAGAAUUAGAAAAGGAACUGGAACAGAGGGAUUCACUUUUCAAUACUCGGGCUCAUAAUAUGGGAACUAAUGAUACAUCAGGUUACAUUAAUUUCACGGGCGGUUACCAAGGAGGAAAGAGAAAUAAUAAUCAUCACAAGCCAGGUCAAGGCUCAAGUUUUAAAAAUCAUCCUGCAGUUGCUGCCGUACACGUGGCUCAGACAUACAAUGACGAAAAUUUUCAUAAAUUUAACCGGAAAUCUAAGAUUUGCUACCGAUGUGGAGGUCAAGGACACAUUAAGUCGGAAUGUAGAGCUUCAAAUUUGUUUUGUACAGCUUGCGGUAGAAGGAAUCACGUAGCUUCUGUUUGUAGACGAAAACAUACUAUGGGUGUAACAAAUAAUUCUAACCCAAACCAAGCCGCUAUUACUGAUGGCAGCGAUCAAAAUAACGGUACAAAUCAAAGUAAUAAAGUCGAAACGGAACGGUCAACAUCCCAAAUUGAAGCGUCUAUACAACUUGCCGAAUCAAACCAUGUUACGCCACCCUGCAUCACUAUUACCAGAAUAACGUCUGGAUCAGCCAUCACCCUCGGGCAAGUUUCUAUUAAUUUUAAUUCUAUUUGUUGUAAAUUUCAAGUUAUUGGACCGGAUAUACCCCUAAAACAAGACGGAAUUUUGGGCUUAGAUUUUCUUCAAACUUUCAAGGCCACCAUCUGUUUCGAGGACAAUGCUUUGAAAAUAAAUCGUAAACAUAUCAGUAUACCGUUGGAAAAACAUUAUGUCAAAAUCCCAGCAAGAUGUAGGAUGCAGGUUGCAGUUAGAAUAACAAACCGAGAGGUACAAGAAGGAGUAAUACAAAAACUUAAUUUGGAGCAAAAUAUAUAUGCUGGAAGUGCCUUAGUUAGAAAUAGAAACGGGAUCGCCUGGAUUUUUGUAGUAAAUUGUAAUGAAGAGGAAAGGAAGAUAGAACUACCAUCUGUGACGCUGGAGGAAAUUGAAACUGAAGGUCUAAACAAGAAUAGAAAAAGGGAAGAAAAUAUAAGUGAUAAAACUCGAGAUGACUUGACACGGGAAAGAGUCCAAAAACUAAUACAAACACUACAUCUUGACGAACUAAAUACAGAAGAAAGAAACAGCAUAGUAAGAAUAGUUGUCAAAUUUCCAUAUCAAUUUUAUUUGCCUGGGGAUAAAUUAAUAGGAACUAAUGACGUGAAACAUAAAAUUAUAACAACUGACGAUAUACCAAUUAAUACAAGACAGUACAGGUAUCCACAAGUGCAUAAAGAGGAAAUUCAAAGGCAGGUAAAAGAAAUGUUAGAAGGAGGGAUAAUAGAAACAAGUAACUCUCCGUAUAAUUCACCAGUAUGGAUAGUCAGCAAAAAACCAAGUUCAUCUGGCGAAAAAAGAUGGCGAGUUGUCAUUGAUUUUCGUCACCUUAAUGAAAAAACCGUCGGAGAUGCGUAUCCCCUGCCAAAUAUUGUAGAGAUUUUAGAUCAACUUGGUGGUGCUAAAUAUUUCUCAGUAUUUGACUUAGCCUCCGGAUUUCAUCAGAUCCUCAUGGAUGAAGCAGACAAAAUUAAAACUGCUUUCUCUACCCCCAACGGUCAUUAUCAUUUCAAAAGAAUGCCUUUUGGGCUGAAGAACUCCCCUAGUACAUUCCAACGAUUAAUGGACAAUAUAUUGUCAGGGUUACAAGGUAUUGAACUAUUUGUUUACCUUGAUGAUAUCGUUGUUUACGCUAGUUCAUUAGAAGAGCAUGAAAGAAAAGUAAUUAAGUUGUUGGGAAGGCUACAGACGGCUAGGCUAUUGUUACAAACGGAUAAAUGUCGGUUUCUUCAAACAAGCGUCACUUACCUAGGUCACAUAAUUAGUCAGGAUGGGUUGAGUCCCGAUCCUGGCAAAAUAAGUUCAGUCAAAAACUUCCCUGUCCCUACUAAUGCAAAGAAAAUAAGAGAGUUUUUGGGCUUAACAGGCUAUUAUCGCCGGUUCAUACCUAAUUUUGCAUCAAUAUCUCGCCCCUUUACUCAACUAUUGAAGAAAGGGCAACCUUUUCGUUGGUCUGACGAAAGACAAAAGGCCUUUGAAAAUCUCCGAGAUUUGUUAUGUCAAGAACCCAUUCUAAAGUUUCCCGAUUUCACAAAACCUUUUAUUGUAACUACCGACGCAUCUUUCUAUGCUCUCGGUGCUGUUCUAAGUCAAGGUGAGAUCGGAAAAGAUCUUCCCGUUGCCUAUGCCUCAAAACUCCUAAAAGGAGCAGAGUUAAACUAUUCCGUUAUCGAAAAAGAGUUAUUUGCAAUUGUUUUUGCGGUAAAACACUAUCGACCUUACUUGUAUGGUAAAAAGUUCUAUUUAGUCACUGAUCAUAGACCUUUAGUUUGGGCUCAUAGAAUUAAGGACCCUACCUCACGACUUCUACACUGGCUAUUGAAAUUACGAGAGUAUCAGUACGAUAUCAUUUAUAAGCCAGGCCGAUUAAAUGCGAAUGCUGAUGCUCUCUCUAGAAAUCCUGCUAAUAUAAAUUUAGUUAAUAUUUUAUUGACUAAAAGUACAAAAUUUAAUGAACCACUUCUUGAAGAUGAGCUCAGCAAGUUUAAGCAGUCAAAUGAUUUAAAGACUGUUGAGAAGAAUGAUUUACCCCAAAGAUUGUUUAAGGCAUCAAAGUUAAAGUUAAAGCCAGAAAAAAUUCAGAAGGAGAGUGAUGCUUUCCCGACGACCUGUCGACCUGACGUCAAAGACGAAGUUGUGCCCCGAACGGAGCCAGUACUCUGGGCUCAGGGAGACCGGUUGUUGGAUCCAAAACGAGCAUACCCUUCAGAAAGGUCGCAAAGAGCCCUGGCAUGGAUGCAUAACGCACCCGCAAUAGUUAUACCAAGCUCAAAGUUAGCAUGGGGUUGUGAGCUCCCCAUGCAAGAGAUGCCAGUGAGGACGUCCUAACCCCCUC